GUAGAUAAGAUCAAAUGAGUUCCCGCAAUGGGAACUCAAAACAAAACAGCGCUCGAGGCACUGGAUCUCGGCAAAAAGCGAGAGGAGCAGCCUGCAAUAACCAAAGAAAUCCUCACGGUGGAGGUGCAGCUCCAACAAGGUUUGAAAGAUACCACCCUGCAGGACGUAACCAAGGAAAUGUGAAUCAAUAUGCACUAGAUCAACAGUGGAGUUUAGCAGGAAAUGCUUGGGGAGCCUGGAACAAUCAUCAACACUUUCCUCCGCCCACUAUGUACCCAGGUGAUUUCCGGGUUUACGGAACAGUAAUGCCAAUUCAAGCGGUCUCAACUCAUGGAGACUAUUUAUUUGCAUCAAGUCACUCCAACGGCCAGCCGAAUUCCUCUCAAAUGCAGUUUUACCCGAGAGCUUAUGUGGAGUACUCGAAUCGUGCUCAAGGUGCACCCUACUCGGAAUCAGGCGAGCAGGAUGAAGAGUUUGCAUAUGAUGAAACUGAAGAAGCGACAACUGAGGUGGAUUAUGAAAAUACGGCAUCAAUGGAAGUAUAUCAACCUUCGCCUUCGGAUUCGGCAAUUUCGGGCUCCUCUGCGGCCAGAAUUAUGAGUGAGUUGACCUAUGAGGAGAUGGAGGAGCAGUCUUCGGAUGAGGAAGAUGAUGAUUCGGAGAAUGGAUCUCAGUAUCAGAGCAUUGUAAGGGCCACGUUUGAGAAAUAUGAAACAGAAGGUACAGCCGAGGAUGCUGGCAAAAUAUCCAAACUCCUCUUAGAGGUGUGUCAAAGUGGAGCAGUGUCCUGUCUGAUUUGCAUCUCCUCCGUGAAGAGAUCCCAGCCAGUGUGGAGUUGCAUGCGAUGUGUGUGUAUGUACCAUCUGCAGUGUAUCCAGAAAUGGGCCAGAGAUAGUAUAGAGCAGACUAAGUUCAGACUAGAGAGUCACGCGGGAAGUGGGGAUGCUGCAAACAUCAACUGGGACUGCCCAAAAUGCAGACUUGAAUAUCCGCUCUCGGCUAUUCCGGAGCACUACUACUGCUUCUGUGGGAAGACUCGUGACCCUCAAUUCGACCCAUGGCUUGUCCCUCAUUCAUGCGGACAGUCAUGCGACAAAGAGCUAGUGUCACAGCCUAUGGGGGAUUCCAUUCCGAGUAUUGCAUGCGGUCAUCGCUGUACUCUUUUAUGUCAUCCAGGAGGUUGCCCGCCUUGCGCUCAAACGGUUCAUGUGAAGUGUCAAUGUGGAGCCUCGCCAAUGGAACCAAGACGGUGUAGUGCUCAGAUCUGGACUUGUUCAAAUAUAUGCGGGAAGGGUCUGAGCUGUGAUACGCAUUUUUGUGCUGAAAGAUGUCAUCCGGGGAAAUGUGCUCCAUGUAAAGAAACUAUGAUUCAAACUUGUAACUGCGGCACAAAAGAAAAGCUAACAAUGUGCUCUAACAUUGGCUGGGAGUGUGAUACAGUUUGUGGGAAAAUGUUUCCCUGUGGCAAGCACCAGUGCAAUAAAAUAUGUCAUCCGUCUGGCGAUGGGUUUUGUGGCGAGUGUCCGAAUAGCGGAAAGAGGACAUGUCCUUGUGGUGCGACACAGCAUCCUAGUUUGAACUGUACAGACAUAGCACCAGUUUGUGAGCGGAGAUGUCGCAAAGAACUGGCAUGUGGGUUACAUACCUGUGAGGAUUUAUGUCAUCCAGGGGACUGUGGGACUUGUAGGCAGAGAAUGAAUAAAAGGUGCCCCUGUGGGAAGAAAUCGAGGCAGGUCCAGUGUUUGGAUAACUUCACUUGUGAUACCAAGUGCGGCAAGUUGCGGAACUGCGGACGUCAUCCGUGCAAGAAGAAAUGUUGUACUGGAAACUGUGCCCCUUGUGAGCAAAUGUGUGGAAAGACACUGACUUGUGGCAACCACAGGUGUCAGCAAAUAUGUCACUCUGGUCCAUGUUAUCCCUGCCAGCAGACCAAGUGUCUCUCUUGCCCAUGUGGGGCCACUUCAAUUCAGAUCCCGUGUGGGAGGGAGAAGAUUGUUAAGAAGCCCAAUUGUCAGAAGAACUGCAUGAAGCCCCCAGCGUGUCACCACAGUAGUCUGAAGCCCCACAAGUGCCACAGUGGCCACUGUCCCCCUUGUGACCAGGUGUGUGAGAAGAGACUGGUAGACAAGUGUGGACACCCAUGUAUGGCCACUUGCCACUCGGCUGUAUGGACCAAGUUCAGACCCAAGAAUCUUCUGAUGAACGAGAGUGUGCACUUCAAACAAGUGGAGCAGCCAUGUCCCCCCUGCAGAGGCCAGAUAGAGAUAUCCUGUUUCGGACAGCACGAGAGCAUCAACAUCCAAUGUGCCAAAGCGAAGACUUACUCUUGUGGAUCUUCCUGUGGGAGGAUGCUGUCCUGUGGCAAUCACCAGUGUGAACGAAUCUGCCACGUCGUCCAGACGGCGCCAGAUGAGUCCACGGCCAAAAGUAUCAAAAUGGCGGGGGCUGACUGUGACGUGUGCGAGAGGGGUUGUGAGCUGGACAGACCAGAGGGAUGCACCCACCAGUGUCCGAUGCCCUGUCAUAGAGCACCCUGUCCCCCCUGCAACAUCAAAGUGGCCAAGAGGUGUCUCUGCUCUCACCUCACCCUCAUGAUAGCUUGCAAUGUUUGGACAUCCGCAUAUGAGGAGGAUAGAGUGUCGCUUCUGAAUGGCAACCACCCCUGUCCCCUGCAGAUGGACUGUGGCCACGCAUGUCCCCGUGCAUGCCACCCGCCUGCCAAGUGUCUCCCAGCUGACCAGUGCACCAAGAGGGCAGUGGUGAAGUGUGCUUGUGGCAGCAUCAAACAAGAAACACUCUGCAAGAAUGUUCCCAUCACGCCUAGGAUCCCAUGUAAUAGAGUGUGCGAGCAGAGAUUGGACAAGAAGCGAAAACAGAAAGAGAAGAGAUCCGAGUCGAAGGAAUCAUCAAUUAGUGAAGUGCAAACUAUAGCAGUCCCUGAAGUACAAUCAAAACUAGCUAAACCUUUCUCAUUCAAACAAUCAUCACCCGCGCGUACCAAAACCGAUCAAACAGACGUCUCUAAAAAGGAUGCGAAACAAAGUAAAAAACAACGUGGAGAUAGGAAUGAAGAGCAAAAUGGAAGCAAGAAUAAUGGAAAAUAUGCCAAACAGUCAUCGAACACUAAAACUGGUCACCCUGCCAAAAGUUAUUCCAAAGUGCCGUUCUAUAAACGACCCUACUGCAUUCCGCUCUUACUUGCAGUUAUGAUGAUAUUUGCGGGAAUUUACAUUUCAAUUUUCGCAGAACAUGAACAAGUGUAGUUUCUGAAUUUGACAUGCAAAUGCUAUUGCUAAAUGAGCUUUACGCUAUUGAAAAAUGAAACUUUUCAAGUGUCAAUGAACGUAGUGGAGACACUUAUCUGUGUGGUGAUAAUGUCGUUUUCUUUUUUAAGAAAAAGGA